CGCUCAGUGCAAACAUCUGCCCUCUGAUGAUCUGCAGGAGACUUCAGCUCACAGGCGCUCGCACUCUCCUCGCAUCAAUUCUCGGAUCAGGGAGACAUGACCCUCCGUUAUAUAGCGCUCUUGAUCGCGGGACUGAGCGUCCUCACGUGCAAAACAUGGGCCAUGGUGAACGUGAGCAUGGAAGACCGGGUGGAGGUAUAUUUAAAAGACAAGGCUGAAAUCUCCUGUAUCUACACUCUGAAGGAACCAGCCAAGAUGUUAGUCUGGUCUACGAAAUCGCCAGGCAGGGAAAAAAGCAAGAAAGGACUCUUUACCUAUGAUACUCUAGAGAACAAGAUCAUCGAUGAGGACAGUGAAUACGCCGGACGCAUCAACUUCACACACUCUCAUGAACCACAGAACUCACAAGGAAGUGGCCUUCUGAUCAUCGACAAUGUGCAGCUGAGUGACCAGAAGGAGUACACCUGCACCGUGCAUAAUGUGUCGACAGACAGCGGUGAAGGACACACUCUUCUCCAAAUAUUCAACUCGCCAUCUCUACCUGUGAUUGAAGGUACAUACACAGGGAUUUCAGUUACUGAAGAGGAGCCGUCAAAGGUUGCACAAUGCAUAGUGGACAAUGGGUAUCCCAGACCGAUUAUCACAUGGUACAAGGACAGAUUGCCUCUCCAGCAAUCAGAUGGUGAGGUAAAGAUCUCGGAGUCAGAGACAAACAAAGCCAACGGCCUGUUCACAGUCGAGAGUAAUCUGUUCAUUAAGGCUCAGAGGACAGAUAAAGAUGCUGUUUUCUACUGUGAGGUCAAAUACCCUGUCCCCGGUGGAGUAAGAAUGACAGAGUCCAAGAAAAUCAACAUCAGUGUUCACUACCCUUCAACAGAAGUAAAAGUGUACGUAAAUCAACCUGAUAGGCUUAUUAAAGAAGGCGACACUGUGGAGAUCUGGUGUGAGGGAAAUGGAAACCCUCAGCCCGUUUUUACUUUCACACAUAAUGGGGAAGAAUUGAGCGGGGAUAAUCAAAUGCUGCUUUUGGAAAACGUCACACGGUCAGACAGUGGGAUGAUUGUGUGUCAGUCAAAUGACUUUGAGGCAAACAUUUACACUGAGGACUCCGUCAAUAUCACGGUGCACUAUCUGGAUCAAAUUGUGGUGACACCAGAGAAGUCUGUUCUUCACCAGGGGGAAAAUCUCAAUUUAACUUGCAACGCUCUGUCUUCUUUAACCACAGUGACAGCAUGGUAUAAGGAUGGCACGCGGCUGGUGGAGACGCAUGGUUUGGAGUUACACAAUGCCUCCUAUGACACUGCCGGAGUGUAUAUGUGUGAAGUGACCGUCCGUUCCCUGCCUGAGCUACAAGAACAAAAGUCUGUGCAGAUCAGUGUGCGAGGGAAGCCUAAGUUCACAAAGGAGAUAGAAGUGGGUCCAGUGAAUAAAGCAGAGCGCUCUGUUAACCUGACCUGCUAUGCAGAAGGCUUCCCGUUCCCCACCAUCACCUGGACCCUCUCUGACCAACGGACUGGGCAUCCUGUCCCUGUGCCGGAAGCGGAGAACCAGAUGACGGACACUGGUAUUGUCAGCAUGAUCUCUGUGAGAGCCAUGUCUGAACUCACAGCCAAGUGCAGCGCUGCCAAUGUUCUGGGGACAGAGGAGAUUACUCGCAAGAUUAAAGCAUAUGCACGUGUGACAACAACUACAACCCAAGCCACCAGCACAAAAGGAACAAGAUUAACCGUCCCACCAAAACAACCACAAACAGGAGGUGGAAGUGGAGUCAUCAUAGCCGUCCUCAUCAUCUGCCUCCUCCUCAUAGCCAUACUGGGCAGUGUGCUCUACUUCCUCUACAAGAAAGGAAAGCUGUCCUGUGGACGGUCGGGAAAGAAGGAUUUCACGAAGGAAAAGGCCAGUAAGGAUGAUAUUGUGAUGGAGAUGAAAAGUGGUAAAUCUGAAGAGGCAGUGCUUCUACAGGGAGUCAAUGGAGACAAGAAGUCCCCCACCGAAUAGGUCCUUACUUCAGAACAAUGAUUCCCAUUAUAUUACACAAGACCUAAGAUUUACAAGGCCAUGUCAUGGAAACCUGAUGAUAUUUUUUUUUCAAUUAGAGUCAAAGACUGAAAACGACAUGCAUAUGUGGAGAGCCGCUAACAGCCACUGUCCUUCAGAGCUCCUUCUCAGGGUGAAUCCCAAUCUGAGUGCUCGAAGACCUCACAAUACACCCACAUCUUCCCCUCUACUCAAAUACCCACUCAAUUCUGCCUUUUUCUGCCCAUGUUUUAUGUUUGGACUGCUAUAAUCUGAUUUAGUAUACAGCAAGAUGAUCCAAAAAGCACCAAGUUCAUAAUGGACUCCGCUUCAGUAUUUACAAAUUGUACAUAAAUAUGACAUACUGUAUAUAUUUAGCUAUUUAAAAUGCCUGAGACAUCUGAAAGGUUGCGCUUGAGUCUCUUUGUUGAGGGGCAUUUGAAGAGUCAUUAUUUGCUGUGUCUGAUCUGAACCUGCUCUCACCUCCUCCACACCAUUAGUCCAUGCACUGAGCCGUCUGUACCACUGUAAACCUUCAUCUGUCCUCUAAUGAUCCGCACUGAAACGGCCCAAUGAUAACACUUGAGGGCAAUUUCCCUACAAAUAAAUGAUCAGUGAAAGGCUCUGACAUGGUUGACCUUUUUUCCAAAUAUGUAAGCAAAAUGUUGGGUUCAUGUCUUGCCUCUAGUUUUAUUAUUAUUAUUUUAAAUAAUUUUAUUAGCUAUAUCAAAUUCAGUUUGUUCACUGUGAGGGCCAAGCGAGUGAACUAUGUUAAUGUCAGAUGGGCUAAAAAUGUCCCUCUAGCCUGAGAAAAAUUAAACUUUUUUUUUUUUUUUUUUAAUGCCAUUACCUGCUGUCCUAAUCUUGCACUUGAAUGUAAAUAAUAGAGAAAUACAAGACCAACCCUCCCGUUUUUAAAUUUUAGGGGAAAUAUUAAAUGCAUUUGGAAGACUGCAUUCAUUUAUCAUAUUGGCGGGAGAUUACAACAGGAAAAAAUGCAGGUGUUAUUUUUACACUGAAGACAUUUUUUUUUUACUAUAUAUUCUAUUAGAUUUUUUUUUCUCCAAUGCAUAUUUUAAAGGUUUAUAAGUUGUAUCUUAAUCUAUGCAGCAUGUACCCUGUACUUUAUGCAAAGCAGACCCACAGAUGGAUACAAAAGUCCUUAUUAUACUGAAGUUCACCCGUUUCAUUUCCUCUGGGUUUUUAUUUUUGUCCCUGGUAUUUUUGUUAAUGCUUGUUUUUGAAUUGUCCUGGUAUUUCUAUUAAAAAUGGCUGGCUUACUCAGGCCUAUAUUUUA